UUGUUGGCUUUAACGAGCAUUACAGCAUAAGCGUUAGCCAUGAACACUUUGUUUUGGAUCAUCAUCAGUUCAUCGGUCAUCAGCCUCAUGAAGCCAGUCAUUUCUGGGGAAAUGUCAGUCUACUUCGAAGAAUUCGUCAUAAAGUACUGGAUGCCAGAUUUGUUUGAAAAGGUCGAGUGCGAGCUGUUCCACAUCGACAAUCGGAGCUACGUGAACGGUGGGUUUAUUCUCAAGCGAAAUGUCUCCGAGAUAAGUGUACGUACUGCCAUGGAUUUUUGGAAGCCAAACAAUCAGAAAAUGAAGGUUUACGACGUUCGACUGGAUGCAUGUCUCCUGCUGCGAACUGCCCACAAGAAUCGGCUGUUCAACACUUACGUUAAAAGCUUUAAAAAGCAUACGAAAGCAAAUCUCAUUUGUCCCUUCAAGGCGAACUUCAGCUACACGUUUACCAAUUGGCAAAUGGAGACACAGGAUCUACCAUCGUUUAUUCCUGUUGGUACAUUCCGUACGAUUACCGAAUAUUUUACCCAGCAACAAUUGGGUGUGCGCAUCGUUACGUCGGGGAAAUUUUUGGCCAAGAACUAGAUUCAAGAUUGGAAAUAAAUAUAUAUAUUUUAAUCUAAAGUCCAUUCAUGUUAUGUAAUCGAAAUGGCCGAUUAAAA